CAGUGUGGCCAGAAAAUAUUGUUCGGUCUUUUUAGUUUCGUCUCUGUGUAAAAUACAUAGUUUUUUUUAAUUUUUUUUCACAAAGUUUUAAAUUUUAUUAAAUUUUUUAAAAUAAAUUAAUUUUAUACAAAAUGAUCAUCUAUAAGGAUUUGAUUACCGGUGACGAAAUGUUUACCGAUUCAUCGAAAGUUCGGCUUGUCGAUGAUUGUAUCUGGGAAGUUGAAUGCCAAUUUGUCAUGCGAAAACAAGGCGAUAUUGCUAUUGAUGGUUUUAAUCCAUCGGCUGAAGAGGCUGAUGAGGGUACCGAUGAAAUAACCGAAUCUGGAUAUGAUCUGGUUCUUAAUCAACGUUUGAUUGAGGCAUCAUUUUCAAAAGCCGAUUUCAAAAAUUAUCUCAAAACCUAUACAAAAACAUUGCAGGAAAAAUGGAAGAGUUUGGAAUGGAGCGAUGAACAAAUUGCCGAAGCAAAGGCUAAAUUUACCGAAGCUGUGAAGAAAAUUCUCCCUAAAGUGAAUGAUGCACAAUUUUAUCUUGGUAAUAGUUCGAAUCCGGAUGGUAUUGUCGGAAUUUUGGAAUUUCGCGAAGGUGAAGAUGGCAAUGAAAAGGCUGUCAUGAAUUUUUUCAAACAUGGUUUGGAUGCCGAAAAAGUUUAAAUAAAUUUCGAGAUGAAAUCAUGUCGAUUCCAAAAUUUUUUUACUGAA